UCUUUCAUCACUAAAUACUGACGUAGGUGCAAAACCUGGAAAAUUUUAAGGUGAAGUGAAAAUUGCAAAAAAAAAACACAAAAAAAAGAUAAACCAUUUGGCAAUUAAUUUGACAAUUUAAGUGCUGAUAAAUAUGAACAUGUAUAACGGACAGGUAAAUAGUGGUUAUAUGGGUGGCGCAUCAGCCGGUGGCAUGCCAAACAAUCGCAUGGGCGCUGGCGGCGGCGGUGCUGGAAUGUUCCAGCGCAAUCGUUCCGCCCCAUACAUUCGUGGCGGACCCGGCGCCGGCGCUGGCGCAGGCGGCGUUGGUGGAUUCAAUAGUGGUCGCAUGAAUAUGGGCGGACAAGGCAGUAUACGCAAUGAUUACGGUGGGCAGAACAGCAAUCGCACAUCCACUCAUGGCGCCCACUUGCCGGCCAUCGUUUGGGCCGAGGUCUCGCUGACUCCGUUCCGUAAGAACUUUUACAAACCGUGCGAUUCCGUUCUGGCACGCACCAAGGGCGAAACGGACAGUUUCUUGAGCACCAAUGAGAUUACGAUCAAAGGCCAAGAAGUGCCGACGCCCAGCAUUGAGUUUGAGGAGGGCGGCUUUCCCGACUACGUAAUGAAUGAGAUACGCAAACAGGGCUUCACGAAGCCGACAGCCAUUCAGGCACAGGGCAUGCCCAUCGCGUUGAGUGGACGCGAUCUGGUUGCUGUGGCCCAGACCGGUUCCGGCAAAACACUGGCCUAUGUGCUGCCCGCCGUUGUGCAUAUUAAUAAUCAGCCGCGUUUGGAGCGCGGAGACGGACCCAUCGCUCUCGUGUUGGCGCCCACACGCGAAUUGGCCCAACAAAUUCAGGCGGUGGCCAGUGAGUUUGGCUCGAAUACGCAGGUGCGGAAUACUUGCAUUUUCGGUGGCGCCCCCAAGGGACAGCAGGCGCGUGAUUUGGAGCGUGGUGUGGAGAUUGUGAUAGCGACACCGGGACGACUUAUUGAUUUCCUAGAACGCGGCACCACCUCACUGAAACGCUGCACCUACCUGGUGCUCGAUGAGGCCGAUCGAAUGCUAGACAUGGGCUUCGAGCCGCAGAUCCGCAAGAUUAUGCAACAGAUACGCCCGGAUCGCCAGGUAUUGAUGUGGUCCGCCACCUGGCCCAAGGAGGUACGCCAACUAGCCGAGGAAUUCCUGAACAAUUACAUACAGGUCAAUAUUGGUUCUCUGUCGCUGAGUGCCAAUCACAAUAUACUCCAGAUUGUCGAUGUGUGCGAUGAGUCGGAGAAGAUUGCCAAACUGGUACAGCUACUGACACAGAUCUCUGGCGAGAACGAGACCAAGACCAUCAUCUUUGUGGAGACCAAGAAGCGUGUGGAUGAAAUAACGCGCAAUAUAUCACGUCAGGGUUGGCGCGCAUGCGCCAUCCAUGGCGAUAAGUCGCAGCAGGAGCGCGACUUUGUGCUGUCCAGUUUCCGCAAUGGACGCCAUUCGAUAUUGGUGGCCACCGAUGUGGCCGCACGCGGAUUGGACGUUGACGAUGUCAAGUUUGUUAUCAAUUAUGAUUAUCCUUCGAACUCGGAGGAUUACGUUCACCGAAUCGGACGUACCGGACGCUCCAAUAAUACGGGCACGGCCUACACCUUGUUUACGCACUCCAAUGCCAACAAGGCAAAUGAUUUGAUCCAGGUGCUGCGCGAGGCUAAUCAGACCAUUAAUCCCAAGUUGCUGAACAUGGCCGCCAGCGGUGGCUAUCAGAAGCGCGGCGGCAUGGGUGGCUAUCGUGGCAAUAGUGGUGGCUAUCAGGGACGCAACCAGCAAAUGGGUGGCAACAACAACUAUCGCAACCAAAAUCAGAACAACAAUAUGCAUCGAAAUAGUAACCCCAACACUGGCGGCUACAAUCCAGGCGGCGGUCAGCCACGUUACGAUCAGAAGCCGCAGCAGCGCUCAUCGCCACCAGUCUCAGGCACAGGCUAUCGUCCGCCAUAUCAACAGCAGCAGCAGCAACAGCAGCAGCAGCAGCAGCAAUCGCAACAUCAGCAGCAGAAUGGCGUGCAAUUCUCGCGCUUUAAUCCUAAUGCCGCUUGCUUUGAGCCAAAGACCCCGGCACCGGGAAUGCCAUCGCAGCAGCAACAUCAGCCUCAGCAUUUGGCUGCGGCUCAGGCAGCAGCAGCCGCAGCAGCUGCCGCUGGCUAUGGUUAUGGCAUUGAUCAGAAACGCUCUCGCUUUGCCUUGAACUUUAAUAUGCCGCCGCCACCGAUUCCACUGCAACAGCAACAACAGCAUCAGCAGCACCAGCAGCAACAGCAGCCGCAACAACAGCAUCCACAGCCACAGCCAUCGCAGCCACAGCAGUUGGCGGCUGGUGGUGCCGCUUCUCUGCCACAACAGGCAUACGGACAGUAUAACAGCAUGUCCAGCAGCAUGGCGACGGUGUCCCUAAAUGGAGGCGCACCCAGUUUACCGGCCAACGCCUACCGGUCGCCGUAUGCGAUGCCAUAUGUGAUGCCGCCACCACCAUUACCCGUACAAAACUAAACAGUAUACAGCCAAAUUGUACGAGCUUAAUCUAGAACUGGACCCUUAUGAGUUAGUUGGUCUAGCUAUUUUUAGCUCUAAUGUAAUUUCCUUUCCUACUCAUAACAAACAAAAACACAAAACAAUACGACAAAACACACAUAUUCACUCAGAUAUCAGAAAAUUGAGUAUGUUAACAUUAUUAGAGAGACAAUCUCUAACGUCAGAGACUUGUGUAGAUCUCCUCCGCCCACAUGUUAGCAAUAUAAUAUGGUUUAAACCGGAAUCAAAUACGCUAGCUAAUUUAAUUAAUAUUAUUUCCUUCGCUUCUUUAAUAAUAAUAAUAAUAAUAAUAAAAAUUCGAAAUGUACUAUAUUAGGCAUUGGAUUUAUCUUUCCAGCGCCUAAUCUAGCGUAUUUGAUUUCUAUAACUAUUCUCGAAUAUAGAGUAUUCUAUCUUAAAUAUCAAUGCAAAAUAUUUUGCAAUAAUUUGCAAUGCUCCAAGCAACAAUCGACACUGAAACAAAGCCUAAUUAUUUUAAUUUCUUAGAAUCAAAUGCGUAUUAUAAACUUAAACCAUAUUAUGUGACUAGUCUAAAUGGUUUAGCUGGAACCCACACGACAAUUUUCACUAAAAACAAUAUAAGAAAAAAAAAAAACACUAAAAACAUUGAAUUAAAUAAAUGUAUAAUUCCAUUUAAUGUAAACUACUGAAUUGAUUUACAAAUUAUGAAUAAAGGAGUUAAUUAGACAACA